ACUACUGCUGUUACUUGUGCAGGUGGUGUUACUCGUGUUGGCUGCAUGGGUCCUGAUGGUGGUGCUACGUACAGGAGCUGCAGGAGCACAUCAUUCACGUGACAGAGAGAGAGAGAGCAAUCUGAGUGGAAAAUAAAGUUCUGGAAGGAUCCAAAUCAUGGCUGAGAGCAAGAAACUGAAGGCAAAACUGAAGUCUGGUGCAAGCUAUGGUACCUUGCCUGAAUUUUAUACAAGAGUCUGUGUGGACGAGAAGCAGGGGUUGUUGGAGGCUGGGCAGGUGUAUGAGGGGCAGCAGAGUGCAGGGUACAGCAACAGCAGCAGCAGCAGCAGUCACAGCCGCUCACACAUCUCGCAGCACUCCAGUAAAGACAGCUCACUCGCCAGCUACAAGGCCACCAGCAAGCAGGAUACAUACGAGGUGUGGAGCGGCCAUCAUCGCACUGACAGCUUCAGCAGUACGAGCAGUGGCAGCAGCGAAGAGGUGUUCAGCAGGUCCAGCGGCUCCUCUACCUCCACUCACUGCCACGAUGUCAUAAGAGAGCUGCCAGAGGAUAAGCGGGCACUUUUCAAGCUAACCCUCGCUGCUGUCCUCUCUCUUGUCUUUAUGGUGCUGGAGUACGUGGGUGGGUUCUACUCGUCCAGCCUGGCGGUGCUAUCUGACGCUGGCCACCUCCUCAGUGAUUUCUGCGGGUUCCUCGUCUCUCUCCUGGCCAUCUGGCUCAUGCGGCGACCUCCAUCCAGGAAUAUGAGCUUCGGCUACUACCGUGCAGAAGUGCUUGGCUCGGUGGCGAGCGUGUUGAUAGUGUGGGUGGUGACAGGUAUCCUGGUAGCUGCUGCCGUACACAGGUUACUCUACCAGACCUACAUUCUUGAUCCCAACAUCAUGCUCGUUAUGGCUCUCACCGGCAUAGGAAUCAACAUUAUCAUCGCUGGCAUCCUGCACGGGUGUGGGUGCCACGGGUACUUCCACGGGGCACACAAGAGUGACCGACGUACCAACGUGAACGUGAGGGCAGCACUCAUCCAUGUGGUGGGUGACACACUGCAGACUGUCGCUGUGCUUAUUGCUGCUCUCGUCGUCAAGUUCUGGCCACAGUACAGAGUGGCCGACCCCAUCCUGACCUUCGUGUUUGGCAUCAUCGUGGUGGCGACGACUCUGCCCAUUCUGCGAGACCUGGCACACGUCCUCAUGGAAGGCACUCCGAGGAACGUGGACUACAUGGACCUGUUGAACGACCUGGAGGGCCUGCCUGGGGUCAGAUCCGUCCACAACCUUCACGUGUGGUCCCUCACGCUCGACAAGAACGCCCUCUCCGUCCACCUCGUCAUAGGUAAAAUACGCCUUUUCCACUUCGCGUUCUCUUCAAGGGAUACCUUUUUUUUACAAGGAAAUGGAUUCUACCCUCCCGUUUCUCAUAUCAAACCUGAUUAUCUUCAAUUUCGCAGUAACUAUAUGACCUCUAGAAAUGUUGGCAGAGAAGAAUGA